CGCUUCUCUCGCACAAUGAUCUUUGCAAUAGAGGAGAUAAACAACAGCUCUGAGCUGCUGCCCGGCAUCAAACUUGGAUAUCAGAUCCAUGAUUCAUGCAUAGCAGUGCCAGUGGCUGCGCAUGUUGCAUUUCAGCUUUCAAAUGGACAGGAUCCUAUGUUCUACCAAGGUAGUAACUGCUCACAGUCUGGAGUAGUGAUAGCUGCUGUUGGAGACUCUGGAUCCACUCCAUCUAUCAGCAUUUCACGCAUCUUCCGGUCCUUCAGCAUUCCUCUGGUGAGUCCAUUUGCCACUUGUGCCUGUCUAUCAGAUAAACAGCAGCAUCCAACAUUUUUCAGAACAAUUCCCAGUGACCAGUUCCAAGCUGACGGCCUGGCCAAACUGGUGAAACACUUUGGCUGGACUUGGAUAGGUGCGGUACGCUCUGACUCAGAUUAUGGAAAUUAUGGCAUGGCGUCUUUCCUUGAUGCAGCACUUAGAGAGGGGAUUUGUGUGGAGUAUUCUGAACCUUUCUAUCGGACCGAUCCACCCAGCAAGAUCAAAAGAGUUGCUGAUAUGAUCCGAAGGUCAACAGCCACUGUUGUUGUAGCGUUUGCAGCCUCUGGUGAUAUGAAAGUCCUAUUAGAGGAGCUUGCCCGGGACCCUCCUCCACCUCGUCAGUGGAUUGGAAGUGAAGGAUGGGUUACUGAUCCACACUUGAUGAGCUUCACUUUCUGCUCAGGGGCCAUCGGAGUUGCCAUCCAGAAAGCUGUCAUUCCAGGUCUGAGAGACUUCCUCCUGGAUCUCUCUCCCAUUGAAGUGGCUGUCUCCUCAGUGCUGACAGAGUUCUGGGAGGAUGCAUUCAACUGCAGCUUGACAGAAAGUGAGAAAGAUGCUGAUUUGAACAAAAGAGAGUGUGAUGGAACUGAAGACAUUAAAAGGCUAGAGAACCCGUACACUGAAACAUCCCAGUUAAGAGCGACUAACAUGGUUUAUAAGGCUGUUUAUGCAAUAGCACAUGCCAUUCAUAAUGCAGUGUGUGAGAAAACAAAUUCAACUAUUCACUGUGACAAAAACAUCAGUUUAGAGCCCAAGCAGGUUUUUAGUGAAUUAAAGAAAGUGAACUUUUCCAGAAAUGGUUAUCAUGUCUCUUUUGAUGCUAAAGGUGACCCUAUGGCUUUUUAUGAGCUGGUCAACUGGCAGAAAAGUGAGAGUGGAGUUAUUGAGCUGGUAACAGUGGGGUACUAUGAUGCAUCACUGCCAACGGGAGAGCAGUUCCGUAUCAACGGGAACUUAACCUGGCUGGAUGGUGGCACACAAGUACCUGUGUCAGUAUGCUCUGAGAGUUGUCCUCCGGGGACUCGUAAAGUGUUGCAGAAAGGAAAACCCAUCUGCUGCUAUGAUUGUAUAUCAUGUCCUGAAGGGGAAAUUAGUAAUAACACAGACUCUCCUGAUUGCUUCCUGUGCCAUGAAGAAUUCUGGCCUAAUGCAAAGAAAGAUAAAUGUGUUCUGAAACCUGUGGAGUUUCUUUCUUUUGACGAAGUCCUGGGAAUCAUCCUGGUUGUAUUCUCUGUUAGUGGGGCCUGUCUGGCAGUUACAGCGGCGGCUAUUUUCUUUCAUCAUAGAACAACUCCAAUGGUCAGAGCCAACAACUCUGAGCUGAGUUUCCUGCUGCUCUUCUCUCUGACUCUGUGUUUCUUAUGUUCAUUAACUUUCAUUGGAGCACCUUCUGAGUGGUCCUGCAUGCUGCGGCACACAGCUUUUGGCAUCACCUUUGUUCUCUGCAUCUCCUGUGUUCUUGGGAAAACUAUAGUGGUUUUAAUGGCAUUUAAAGCUACACUUCCUGGAAGCAAUGUCAUGAAAUGGUUUGGUCCUCUACAACAAAGAAUGACUGUAGUGUGUCUUGCUUUAAUUCAAGUUAUAAUAUGUACUAUAUGGCUGGUUGUGAGUCCUCCCUUCCCAAUGAAAAAUCUAACCACAUACAAGGAGAAGAUCAUCCUGGAAUGUGCAUUAGGCUCUGCUGUUGGCUUCUGGGCUGUGCUCGGCUACAUCGGCCUGCUCGCUGUUUUUUGCUUUGUGUUAGCUUUUCUUGCUCGGAAACUACCUGAUAAUUUUAAUGAAGCCAAACUGAUAACCUUCAGCAUGUUGAUAUUCUGCGCAGUCUGGAUCACUUUCAUUCCAGCAUAUGUCAGCUCACCAGGAAAAUUUACUGUGGCUGUUGAGAUAUUUGCAAUUUUGGCCUCAAGCUUUGGACUGAUACUGUGCAUAUUUGCUCCAAAGUGUUUCAUUAUUUUGUUUCAGCCAGAGAAGAACACUAAGAAAUAUUUGAUGAAUAAAAAUUAAUUCAUCAGAGGUUUACAAUCAUGAUUAAGGAAUGACCAAAACGUGACAUCAAGCAAUUUAAUACAUUUGCUACAAAAAUGUUUUAACAUAUUUUUACAAGGAUAGAAAGGUAUAUUGUAAAAGCUUUGUAGCCAUAAAAUCUAAUUAAAGUUGGGAACCAUACGUUGGAUGUAUGUGGCUUCCACUGAUGUCAUUCUUACAAAAUUAUCUCAUGCUGGUGCUUUUCUUGACUUAUCAUUUUUUAUGCGCUCAAAGUAGAAAAAUAAACGUAAACAAAUAAAUUGGGGGGAGUGGUGGCACAGUGGUUAGGCCACCACUAGUGAUGAUUAGAGAGCAGGGCACAUGUGUCCUGGAGAGGCUGCAAGGUUCUGUGUUUGAAUCCCACAGACUGGCACUUAGGUUCAGUGAGCAAUACCCUUAUUCCCAGAAUGCUCCCCAGGUGCAGCACAGUGGCAGGCCACUGCUUCCUAAUGGAUGGAUUAAAUACAGAGGAAAAACGUCAUUGCAAUG